UGUAGUCCUAUUCACUCUGAAGUUACCUUGUCAUCAAAGCAACAGAUGAGUGUAAUGUAGUCCUAUUCACUCUGAAGUUACCUUGUCAUCAAAGCAACAGAGCAAGUGAGAGAGAGAGAGAGAGACAGACGGACAUAAGAGAGUCUUAAAGAUUGUUUUGGAACCUAAUAUCACAGUUUUUUAUGAAAGACAGACGACCGACAAACGGCAGUGGAAAGACAGGGGGAGGAAGAGGGGCAAGUUUAGGGUUUUAAGCGGCACAGUGGUUCAGAGUGAACUAGGGGGGUCGUCAUAGAGAGAAAGAGAGAGAGAUAGGAGUCUUUUGAAAUGGCAGUUUCCCUUAUGACUCAUCUUUUGAAUAAUACUCUGACACACUGUGAUCCCCAGUUCAGUCACACAGUCAGAGGGUCCAGAGUCACAUCUAUCUCAUUCUCUCAUCCUCUCUGAGACACGAUGCAUCUCUUCUGGUGGAUCACCCACAUCUUUCUAUCCCUCCCUUCUCUCCUCUCUCUUGUCCAAUCCCUCACGUGCGACAAUGAGAAACAGUAUGCUUGGCCACUGCAUGACAGCCAAUGGUGCUGCAACAAGUGUCCACCAGGUCAGCAUCUGGUGGGACGCUGCACCGGUCAGAACAGCCCUACCCAGUGUGCUGACUGCGCCAGCGGCUACUACUCAGACAGCUACAACUUCAACAUAGGCUGCAAAUCCUGCGACGGCUGCAGCAUGAGUGAGCUGCAGUAUGUAUCUAACUGUUCCACCAAGCAGAAUGAUGUGUGCAGCUGUAAACCAGGCUACCGCUGCAGAGGAAGUGGCACCUGUCUGGACUGUGAGGAGAUCCCCAGCCCGAACACACCCAAACUCAUACCGACACCUCCCAUCAUGCCAGCUACAGUGUCAAACCACUCGGUGCCUGGUAUCCCUAAUCAUAGACCUAAACCUGUCACCAAACCUGGUACUGGGCCCAGAACAAAUCCAAACCAAGAUGAUAGCAAGUGGCUCCCGGUGUGUGUGUCUGCAGUGUGUGUGUGUCUACUGCUCACCUGCCUUGUUGCCAUCUCAAAGCUCAAACCUUUUCUGCGAUGGAUUGGUUCACCAAACAGCUUCUGGUCUCCCAAAAAGACAACUCCAGCCAAUCAGAGCACAGCGGAGGAGGAAGUGCCCAUGCCGGUCCAGGAAGUGUGUGGAAAGCCAGAGCUGCUACUAGACGUUUGAUGGAGGAAGUCAGUGUCAAAGGAGAGG